UGCCCUGCCGUGCCGUGGUGUUCCCCCUGCCGCAGACGUCGGACGGCGCCCUGCCCUGCAUUCAGGCUAAUUCGACCCACUCCAUUGUCGAGGCGACCUGCAGACCGAUUCCGAGAGUCGUUUUCGUCGCGGUGUCUCUCUCGCACUCACGGAGCGUCCCGUAUAGGGGCGAGAGAGGCAGAGCGACGAACACGACUCUCGGAGUCCGUCUGCUGGAGUACGGUGGCAACAAUACGACCCCACUCGCAUCGCGUUGCCACGGCGACGGCUCAACUGAACUGCAAUUGUUUUGAUGGUGGAGUGUCGAGUACGAUGGUGAGCCUUCGCGACUUGCGGCCCAGCCAGGUACUGCUGCUUUCCUUUGGUGGCGCCCUGUCUCUCUCGCACUCAUGGGGCGUUUCGAAGGGGUGUGAGAGAGACGUACAGGUGCUCCUGCUGGUCGUUCACCCCCCAGAGCGCAGCAGGGCCUUCGGCAGCCGUCGCCGUCAACGUGCUAAUUGUCAACGUGGUCGCCGACGUCGCCAACGUCGCGAGGGAGGAGGGCGGCCGUCGGGUAGCGACUCGGUGUCACCGCGAACGCGAAGCACGCGAAGGCACCGGGUCAAAGCAGUUGGCCCCGUGUCCGUCUGCCUUAGCGGCCCCAUGGCCCUCGCCUCGACUAGGGCGAUCGCAGACUGGGCCGCCGCCAGGACGGAGGAGAGGAGGCCCGGGGCCCACUCUGCCCUCCGCGACGGCGGGGAGCGUGGUGUUCCGUGCGCCGCUGCUUAUCCAAUUUACUCAAUCAGUUCGAAAACCCCCUCCGCAGACUGAUUCCGAGAGUCGUUUGCGUCGCUCUGUCUCCCUCGCACUCAUUGGGCGUCCCUUAUGUGCGAGAUGAGAGCACGACGAAAGCGACUCUCGGAAUCAGUCUGCAGUUCUCAGUCUCAACGACACCGCGCACCCACAUUCCACCUCCUCGGCGUCCUCGACGGCGUCGUCGACGGCCACUCCGUUCUAUUGCCACCACAAUGCACUUGGGUCACUAAACCGGCAGUUUCCUCCACCCAGCGUUGGCCGAGUGCAUCAUCGUCUUGCUUUGUGUCGACGACGUCGGCGGUCAAGAUGCCCAUCCUCGAAAAGGGGUGCCUUUGCUGCGCCUUGGACACCUGCGUCAAGGUCCAGGGCUUCAUCCUCACGGGCGCCUUCGUGGUGAUCGCCGUCGUGGACCUCGUCAUGCUGUCCGUGUGGCUCAUCCCCCUGGAGCAGAACCUCUCGCCGCAGUCGGACGACUUCGACAGGCGAGCGAUCAGCACCACCAAGGUGGUGUGCAUCGCGCUGCUGUUCUGCCUCGUCCUCUGGGUCGUGCUGGGAGUCCUGCUGCUGUACGGAGUCUAUAAGAAACGGCGAGCGCUGAUGUGGCCCUACAUGGUGGUGGGCGUCAUGAACCUCCUCAUCACCACCGGGCUGCUGGUGUUCUACGCCUCCUCGGUCAACGCGCAAAUAGCCAACAUGUUUAUUUUGAUUGUUAUUCUCGCGUUGCAGCUCUGGCUCAUACUUCAUGUGGUUAGUCUCUAUCAGAAAUUUGGGAUUGAAGAGCGGGCCUACGAGCAGCAGCAGCAACAGCAAGAGGAGUGACAGCCAUAUGUAGGUUUAAGAUUCGAGUACCAUUGAGUUGCAGUGGGUGCCAACUUCCCCCAAACAAUCUGUGAUAUCCCCAGGUCCCUUCCAUGAGCUCAAAGUUAUGACUCAACCAUGUACAUAAUGCCAGACUGUUUCUAUUUUGCAUGUUAUCUAUUACACAAUUUUAAUAGGUUUAAUAAUGCUGUUUUACUGAGCAGAAGAGGUGAGAAGGGAAAGAGUAUUCAAACAAAUGUUUUGUAAGAAAGUACUUAUUUAUAACAAAAAAUACUUAGCAUCUUGUUUUACAUUGAUAAUUGUGUUUGUACUACUUUUCAUAUCAUAUCAGCAUGCUCCUACAGAAAUUGUAACAAAGACUCUUCUAAUCAAAUAACAAAUGACUCCUUAAAAAACAGUCAGGAAUCAUCCUGAGGAGAAAAAUAUAUUUGUAGAACAUCCAAACCUCAUUGAAUAAAAAAGAGAUUAAAAAAAUAGUCGUUUUUAUAAAAAGGAUAACAAGACUCAUACAGAUAAAAAAAACCCAUACACUGUUAGUUGUGGCAUAUAACAACAGUACAUCAAAGAUGGAUACAACAGCAGAAAGUUCCAUCCAUCUAACGCAAAAGGUUAUUUGGAUAACUGUUUUUGAUGAAUAAUUCAGAAAAGAAGGGGUGACAUUUAGGCACCAUUGACUACACCAUAACUAUUUUGUGUUCUUAGGGCCAAAUUAUUAAUAAAGCUUUCCUGAAGUUCAUAGGUAGAAAUCCUGGAAGCCCCAAGGCAGUGUUAUUACCCUAAGUAUCACAGAAAUUUUAUGGCUUCUCUAAAAACAACAGUUGCAUCAUUAGUUGCUCACAAUACUGAACAAGGGUAGUAACAGAU